AUGGCGGUCAAAGUGCUCUGUGAGAUCGUUGAAGAUGAUGAUGAUGAUGAUGAUGAUGAUGAUGAUGAUGAUGAUGAUGAUGAUGAUGAUGAUGAUGAUGAUGAGGAUGAUGAGGAUGAGGAUGAGGAUGAUGAUGAUGAUGAUGAUGAUGAUGAGGAGGAGGAGGAGGAGGACGACGACGACGACGACGAUGACGACGAAGACGACGACGACGACGACGAUGAUGAUGUUUACGUGGAUGAUUCUGAUGAUAUUGUGGAGGAGGAGAAAGUUGAAACUGAUGUUUCAGUCCUGGGCAUCAGUGGCGUGAAGGAGGAUGAUGAUUUCUUCAUGCUGGGUGGAGACUCACUUUCGUCCCUUGCGGUGGUUAAGGUGCUGGUUGAGUUAGGAGGAGACGAUUGGCCGGCAGACGGGCUUGUUUCAGGACCAUUGAGUCCAAUACUGAAGAAGACUCGAAAAGACGCGGAGGAGGAGCAGGAGGAGCAGGAGGAGCAGGAGGAGCAGGAGCAGGAGCAUACGCUGGAGCAGGAGGAGGUGUGCAGGAAGGAAGAGGAGGAGCAGCAGCUGUUGAGGCGGGCAGCAGCGGCUGGGGACAUCGAGGGUGUGGGGAUGCUGCUGGAGGCGAGGGCCCAGCCCAACGCCAAGAUGUUUUUCUACAAGAGGACCCCAGCCCACUGCGCGGCAGCUUCCGGGGACGUCAAGUGCAUUCAGAUGCUGCUGGAAGCCUCGGCAUUCGCUGACAUGGAAGCGCGGGACAAGUGGGGGAGGACGCCGCUGCACUGGACGGUCCUGAAUGGAUCGAGUGAGGCUGCUCGGCUCCUCAUUCAGCACGGAGCCGAGCUGGAACCCAGGCAUCAGCCUCGGAGGAUUCAGAGGAGGAGGACGAGCCUGGUGCAACCUCCGUCCCUGCGUGCGCUUGCGGUUGAGAUGCAUCCAGCCACCCAUCCCAUCCACAGCAUCUUUGAGGAAGGGCACACGAGGAAGCUGGAGGCGAGGGAGGAAGGCGACAGUCCUGCAGGCGCCUCAGUUUCUGCUCAACGCUCGUGCUCUCCUCCGCCUCCUGCUCUUUCAGCCUUGGCUCCUGCCUCCUCCUCUCUUGCCCCUCCUCCUGUCCAGCCACCUCCUACCUAA